AGAUUGUGCAAUAACGCCUCGUGGGCGGAGCUACAGGAGGGUUGAAAAUAAACAAGUCAAAAGUGAAAGCAGUUUGUUUUUCUGGAUCAGAUGAGAGUCCUGCAGAAAUGAUCGUCCUGCUUCUCUGCGCGUGCCUCCUGCCUCCUGCUGCAGGUGAGCAGGAGGAGACGGUGAAGCCCGGCGACAUGGUCACUCUUCAGUCCCGUUGUCCGGGCGACGCCGUCGUCACGCUGCUGGAGUGGGUCAGACUUGACCAGAAGUCCGAUGGGUACGUGUUCUUCUACCGCGGCGACCGCCCUUACGCAAACUACCAGCAUCCGUCUUUCCGCGGCCGAGUGGCGCUGAGAGACCCGGAGAUGGCGGGUGGCGACGUGUCCGUGACCGUGCGGAACGUCAGCGUCGCCGACGCUGGAACGUACACGUGUCGAGUCAUCAGCCGCACGACGGAACACGACGAGCAGAUAUCCACCGAGUUCAGGGACGCGGUCCGACUGACGGUCACCGACGCCGAGAUCUGGUCCAAUCAGGUGUCAGCUCACAAAGCUCCGCAGGCCUGGGCUGCAGGACGCGAGGAGGCAGGACACGAGGACGCAGGACGCGAGGAGGCAGGACGCGAGGGGCGAGGACGCGAGGGGCGAGGACGCGAGGGGCGAGGGCAGACUGAAGUUUUAGCUGGUGUCGGUGUUGCUGCCUUGUUUCUUAUUUUCGCCGGCGUUGGCUUCAGUAAGUUGUGGCCUCACAAGUGCACCAAGCGUCCUCCAUACCGCCGUGCCGCUGGCGAGGCAGGAAACCCACAGGUGUGACGCUCCGGUCGGGCCGCGGUUGGCUUGGUGACAGUUGAUAGCUCGGGCAGGGAUCCAUCACCUCAUGAUGUGUUGGUUAUGUAGCUUUACGCACUUUAUAAGGCACCUUCUCCUCUGUGUAGGCUUUUAUUGUGGCGGAGGGUUCAUAGGAAAUACAAAUAGCAAAAGCGAGACUUCCUCCUGAACUUCAGUCGAGGGCUGCAGUCGAAAUGUCAAAUUCACUCAGGAAGUUUCCCGAACCUAUGACCCAUGAUAAUGAUCAGAUUCCCCAAAUGCUUAGAAACGCUUCUUUCCCAUCUCCUUCAGCAGAGGACUAUGAGAGAGGAAAGGAGAAACAGACCCACAAUGCAUUGCGGCAGCGAUAUUUAUCACUGAGGUCAAGGACGAGUAGAGAGGAGAAGACCAUUCGACCGCACCUUAGAAAUAUAUAUAAAUUGACAGUGAGGUGCUUUUACUUUUUGUUCCUAAAUUUAAAUACACUACGCCCAGGUUUAAAUAAAUCAAUUAAAAAACAAUAUGUAUAUACAUUUCAUAUAAUUGAUUCAUUUGAUUUUCUAUGUUUUGAAUGAGUGUGAAUGUGAACGCAGCACGGUGAUGCUGCGAGGAGCCGAGUUCAUCUCUAACGUAAAGAAGACACAUUUCAGUUUUAUAUCCAUAAAGUAGAAACAGUGAGAUAAUAAAUCAGAUGCAUGUUGAUUUCAUCCUCAGCAGCAGAACACGUGGUCGAAUCGGGGUCAAGAUGAAUGUUCUGUGUAUUUUGAGACUUUCUUCUUUUCUGUUUGCAUUAAAGUUUUUUCAUGGAAUUCAUUUGAUUUGCAAUAAUAAAAAUGUGCUUCAAAAAAACCCUUUUGUGAUGUUUUCACAUCAUGAUGUCAGAGCAGCCACUGAAGCGCACAUGGAAUGAGUCGCAGAAUGUCUGACGGCACCUGAAUGCAGCAUCCAGACCCGUCCCUCUCUGACUCCUGUGGAAAGUUACAGAAUGUCAGCUGUUUCUUUUUAAUAACAAGAACAAGAACCAGGAAGUCGUCAAUAUAAACGAUACAAAAACAUCACGGGAGGAGUUUUCCACAUGAAGAUGAAGAUCUGAUGUUAUUACAGUUCUCAUAUGCAUAUGAUUUUUUUUUUUACCAUCAUUAAUAAAAGUUAAUAAGAGUCUUUCUGCCAGUGUGAAGACAGAACAUGUGAACCAUCGGCAGAUAUGACGAUAAGCGAGCAUAUGAUCAGAUAUUGACUUGGAGAAUCAAACCUAAACUCUCUCUGAGUGAGAGGGGGAGCUACAUGUCGUUGUAUGAAAAGUGAUGAUAAAUAGUGUGAUUGAUGGAUGAUGGAGCCGCCGCAGAGACGAGGAAAAACUGCACGAACGAGAAGAAGCUGCGGAAAUGAUUUCAGUAUUCACAGUGAGCCUUGUAAGAUAAGAUAAGAUAUACCUUAUAGAACCAUGUCAUAUAUAUAACUACCGAUGAUUCAAUAAGUAUCUCCAGCAAAAAAUGCCAAAUGAUAUAAUAACCUCUGAACCAAUGAUGUCAUAAAUUAUUAUAUUAACAGGAUACAAUUUUGUGAUCAUUUUCCAUAAUAGUAAUAACUGGGCCAGUUUGUUUUUUGUAAAUUAAUCUCAAAUAAGCAAAGGUCUCAUGUCGUUUGUACAUUAAUAUAAUUUAUUAUAUUAUUAAUACAGGGAUGAUAUAAUAAUGUACAUAAUAAUGAUAAUAUAAUCAUAAUGUUACACUAUCGGCGUCUACAAACAAGUGUGUGAAUUAUUACCCAGGUCUUCAGUCACAAACAAUAAAAAGUUGUGGAACAGUGA